CAGCGACGUCGCCUGUCCCGUGAGGGGUCGGGCGACUCGACCAAGCACGCUGGCUAUGGCGUCGGCCGCGAGGGCGGGGAGAGGAGCCAUCGAGGCAUCGAGGCGGCUGCUUGGGCGGGGAUGGCAGGGGACACAUGGCAUUUCCCGCGUGAGGAAUGCCAGCUUGGUUGGAGGAGAGUUGCUUCGGCCGCGCAGGGCGGUCGGGAGCGGGAUAGGAACUCUACAGCGGAUAGCCGGCGGAACGUCGAUCGCGACGACGACGGGCAAUGUCGCGGAGCAGCAGGUUUGGCCAAUGGGGAAAGCACCUUUAAGCGCUGGCACGUGCCAACGGGGGGGGGGGGGGGGGGGGGGAGGGGGGGAGGGGGAGAUUGUGGGGGCUAUGGAAGCUGAGCGUUGCUGGGCAAGCGGGAUCACGAGGAGGAGCGGUAGCCACGCGGUGGUGGUGGGGGAAGCAGCAGGGGCAAUCGCGACCCCGGUCCCGAUUGCGCGGGUUGCCACGGGCAUGGAGCCAGCGAAUCUCAUCGGCGGCGGAGAGCAGCGGAGAGGGUUUCUCUUUCCGCCGCGGACUGCCGCCUGUCCGGAUCUCGACCUCUCGUCGUCGUCGUCGGGCUUAGUGAAGCUGUCGUCCUCGGCAGGAUGUCGGGACGAGGAGACAGCCGCGCCCUUCGUCGCGCGUUCGGCGGGAAAGGAGGGUUUUGGCGGGAACGGUUGGGUCGGCGGAUGGAACGUGCGGGCGACACGUGGCAUCUCCUCCGGGCGCCGGUUGCUUUACGAGAGGAGUCUGCAGGAGCCCUCAGGUCAUCUGUCUGCAGGGAUCUCGAUCCCGAUGGGAAUGUCCACCGCUGAUCUGGAAAGCGCCAGAUCAGUGGUCCGCACGGAUCGCGAUCCCGACUUCGGCCAGCAGCGGAAUCAGCUAAUAAGAGCAACGGGGUGUCCUGGAGCAGGAGCGGGAGUGGGAGGGGUCGGUGGAGGAGAUGGACUACCGGUCGCUGCUCCUGCUGCCGGCAGCAGCCCCGUGGCGGCGGGGGCGGCGUCCAGUGUGGCGGCGGCCGUCUCCAUGCCUGCCUACGUGGCAGCGGAAUUGCCCCUUGAUCCCAUCGUCAAAAUUUUCUCCGUGUCAUCCAGUCCUAAUUACUUCCUGCCUUGGCAAAACAAGCCGCAACGAGAGACAUCUGGAUCGGGGUUCGUGAUCAAGGGCCGUCGGAUUGUGACGAAUGCGCAUGUCGUAGCCGACCAAACGUUUGUGCUGGUACGGAAGCACGGGUGCAGCACUAGGUUCAAGGCGGAGGUGGAGGCGGUGGGCCACGAGUGCGAUCUCGCCUUGUUGAGAGUGGACAAUGAGAAUUUUUGGGAGGGCAUGUACCAUUUAGAGCUGGGCGAAAUUCCAAAUCUUCAGGAAGCGGUUGCUGUCGUUGGCUAUCCCCAAGGUGGCGAUAAUAUUUCCGUCACUGGUGGCGUCGUCUCAAGAGUUGAACCAUGCCAAUAUGCACAUGGUGCUGCGCACCUCAUGGCCAUCCAGAUCGAUGCGGCAAUUAACCCGGGCAACAGCGGAGGGCCUGCACUAAUGGAGGACAAGGUCGUCGGUGUGGCUUUCCAGAACCUUCUAGGAGCGGAGAAUAUUGGCUACAUCAUCCCUGUUUCUAUAAUCCAGCACUUUCUGGAGGAUGUAGAGCAGCGUGGGCGGUACAUGGGGUUCUGCACUCUGGGUCUGACAUGUCAGUCUAUGGAGAAUGAGCAGCUGCGCCAGCACCUGAACAUGGCAAGUGGUAUGACUGGCGUGCUGGUAAACAAGAUACAUCCGCUGACUGAUGUUAGUACAAAGAUCAAGAAAGAUGACGUCAUAAUGGCUUUUGAUGGGGUCCCCAUAUCGAAUGACGGAACAGUUCCAUUCCGCAGGAAGGAGAGAAUCUCUUUCGAUUACCUGGUGUCUUUGAAGAAGGCUGGGGAGUCAGGCCGGUUAACUAUUUUGAGAGAAGGGGUGCAGAUGGAUCUAGACGUGAUUAUUGGCCCGGUGCUUUUGGAUGAUGUCAACACGGGUUAUCAGCACCUUGCCGAGCUGCAGGUAAAGAAAGUAAAUGGGACUGCCGUUCACAAUCUAACGCACCUCAAGUGGCUUGUGGAGGCCUGCAAGGAGGAGCAUUUGCGGUUGGAUCUUGACGAUGAUCGUGUGGUGGUCCUUAAUUUCGCCGCAGCAAAAGAGGCGUCGCGUCGGAUCCUCCAGAGACACAGAAUCCCAACACACGUCUCGGAAGAUCUGACGCAUGCAGAUAAUAGUCGAGGAGGCGCCGUCAAAGAUGUCAAAGACGGAGAUGGCGACAUUUGUAGCUGGGAGAGCGUAGGGGUGGCCAAUGGAGCCGGCAGCGGCGGUGGCGGUGGCGAUAAAGAGGCGGUUGCGAAACUUAGGGCACUGCUUGCAGGCAGCAGAAAAAAGAGAGUGGCGCUAGAUUCCGUAGGGUUAGACCGAAGGUGGACUCCAGCUGGAAAUCCCGAUCGCAAUUGUUGUUGAAUUUAUAUGAAAAAUUUCAGGGAAAAAAAAAAGCGCAUCGAAAUCCAAAAAUUUUGCCCCAUUUAUUGCUACAUUAAUGAUC